AUGACAGAUAAGUAUGAGACCGAACGGAGCAAGUGCGACACUCACAUGUCUAAAAUCAGUGCUCUAAGUGCCCAAGUGGACUCUGCUAUGCAGUGGAAUACCACCCUUAGGUACCAUCUGGAGGAAGUCCAGAACACUCACGAGCUACAGCGUGACUACCCAACCAAGCAACCGGAGCUCGGUCAGCCAAACGACACUGAGACGUUCCUAGCAGACAUAGAGGACGCUUUGGAUGGUUACCCAAACACUACGGGUUCUGACAGGCUUUACCUGUUGAAGCGAACGUCGAAUAGACAGGUGAUCAGGUUCAUUCGUCUGCAACAGCAACGUGAUGGGAACCCCAAGGAGAGCAGUCCRUUCAUCAACAGCAGCAGUGCCAGCGACGUGGAGAAGAGCCAGCAGUACAAUGGCAAGAAUAUGGCCCUGUUUGAGGAGGAGAUGGACAACAGUCCCAUGGUGUCAUCCAUACUCAGCAGUCUGGCCAACUACUCCAACCUGCCUCAGGGCAGCAAAGAGCACGAGGAGGCCGAGAACGAGGAGGGGGCGGCUCCAUCCAAAAAAAAAACUGCUGUCAAGGCACCAUCGCUGGGCACUCUGAUGGGGGUGUACCUGCCCUGCAUCCAGAAUAUCUUUGGUGUGAUCUUGUUCCUGCGGAUGACCUGGAUGGUGGGCAUCGGAGGGGUCUUUGGCUCCUUCAUCAUCGUCUUCAUGUGCUGCUCCACGACCAUGCUGACAGCUAUCUCCAUGAGUGCUAUCGCAACAAACGGAGUGGUGCCAGCCGGAGGCUCCUACUACAUGAUCUCCCGUUCCCUUGGCCCUGAGUUUGGCGGAGCUGUCGGAAUUUGCUUCUAUCUGGGAACUACUUUUGCAGGUGCAAUGUACAUCCUUGGUGCCAUCGAACUUCUGCUGAUCUACAUCCUCCCCCAGGCAGCCAUUUUUAAGAUGGAGGGUCUGGAGGGGGCUGAUAUGGAGGCAGCGAUGCUGAACAACAUGCGUGUAUACGGCACCAUUGUGCUCAGUUUCAUGGCCACGGUGGUGUUUGUGGGGGUCAAAUAUGUCAACAAGCUGGCUCUGGUCUUCCUGGCCUGCGUCAUUCUGUCCAUCCUGGCUGUCUAUGCUGGGGUCAUCAAGACGGCCUUUGAACCCCCUGUUUUCCCCGUGUGUAUCCUGGGGAACCGCACUCUGAUCUCCAAGGGUUUUGACGUUUGUGCCAAGGUCAUUGAGCGGGACAACGGCACAGUCACCACCAAACUGUGGAAGAUUUUCUGUGACUCCGAGUUCCUCAAUGCUACCUGUGACGAAUACUUUGUAAACAACAACGUUUCUGAGAUCCAGGGUAUCCCAGGGGUCAGCAGUGGUAUACUGGCUGAGAAUCUGUUUGGUUACUACCUGGAGAAGGGAGAUUUCUUGGAGAAGCGGGGGAUCUCUGCCAUGCAGGAUCCUGAAGCUAUCGUCACCAACUCCAACCGUUACGUCCUGGCUGACAUCACCAGCUUCUUCACCCUGCUGGUGGGGAUCUACUUCCCCUCCGUCACAGGCAUCAUGGCUGGCUCCAACCGCUCUGGAGACCUGCGUGAUGCCCAGAAGUCCAUCCCCAUAGGCACCAUAGCAGCCAUCACCACUACUUCUAUAGUGUACAUGUCUGCAGUGGUCCUGUUCGGGGCCUGUAUUGAAGGGGUGGUCCUGAGGGACAAGUUCGGUGAGGGGGUGAACGGUAACCUUGUGAUUGGUACGUUGGCUUGGCCAUCUCCAUGGGUCAUCGUGAUUGGAUCCUUCUUCUCCACCUGUGGGGCUGGGCUUCAGAGUUUGACUGGAGCGCCACGCCUCCUGCAGGCCAUUUCUCGCGAUAGCGUCAUCCCUUUCCUUAAAGUGUUUGGGCAUGGCAAGGCCAACGGAGAGCCUACCUGGGCCCUGCUUCUCACAGCUGGUAUCUGUGAGAUUGGCAUAAUCAUCGCCUCUCUGGACGCUGUUGCCCCCAUCCUCUCCAUGUUCUUCUUGAUGUGCUACAUGUUUGUCAACCUGGCCUGUGCCCUGCAGACUCUACUGAGAACCCCCAACUGGAGGCCUCGCUUCAAGUUCUACCACUGGGCUCUCUCCUUCCUGGGCAUGAGCUUGUGUCUGUCACUCAUGUUCAUCUGUUCCUGGUACUACGCCAUUGUUGCCAUGGUGAUCGCUACCUGCAUCUACAAAUACAUUGAGUUCGCUGGGGCGGAGAAGGAAUGGGGAGAUGGUAUACGUGGCAUCUCGCUCAGCGCUGCUCGCUUUGCCCUCAUGAGGCUGGAGGAGGGACCGCCUCACACCAAGAACUGGAGGCCUCAGAUCAUGGUCCUGGUGAGCAUGGAUGCAGAACAUAAUGUAGAGCAGCCCCGUCUGCUGUCCCUGACCAAUCAGCUGAAAGCAGGAAAAGGCCUGACCAUUGUGGGCACCUCGGUGGUGGGCACAUACCUCAACAACCAUGCAGAGGCCCAGCAGGCAGACCAGGUUCUGAGGAAGCUGAUGGAGACCGAGAAGGUGAAGGGUUUCUCCCAGGUGGUGAUCUCCUCCAACCUGAGGGACGGAACCUCCCACCUGAUCCAGGUCGGGGGGCUGGGAGGCUUGAAGCACAACACUGUGCUGGUCAGCUGGCCACGCACCUGGAAACAGGCUGAGGACAACCUGCGCUUCAGGAACUUCAUUGAGGUGGUUAGGGAGACGACUGCAGCCAGCAUGGCCCUGCUGGUCCCUAAGAACAUUGCGGCCUACCCGUCCAAUGGAGAGCGCUUCACUGAAGGCCAUAUUGACGUGUGGUGGAUCGUCCAUGACGGAGGCAUGCUGAUGCUGCUGCCCUUCCUUCUGCGCCAGCACAAGGUGUGGAGGAAGUGUAAGAUGCGUAUCUUCACCGUGGCCCAGAUGGACGACAACAGCAUCCAGAUGAAGAAAGACCUGAUCACCUUCCUGUAUCACCUGCGUAUCGAUGCUGAGGUCGAGGUGGUGGAAAUGCAUGACAGUGACAUCUCGGCUUAUACAUAUGAGAAGACUUUAGUGAUGGAGCAGCGCUCACAGAUCCUCAAACAGAUGCACCUCACCAAAAACGAGAUGGAGAGAGAGAUCCAGAGCAUCACUGAUUCAUCCCGUGGUUCUAUCCGUCGUAAGAACCCGUCUAACCUGCGGUCUCAGCAGAGCAGUGAGGAGCCGGCUGGAGUCAGCGUGGUGGAGAAACCGGAGGAGGAGGUGCAGCUGAUCCACAAUAAGAACGCUACCCCCACCAGCCCCACGUCUCCCAUCACGCCUGCAGGGGGAGUUGCCACCCCCGGGUCGGGGGUGCAGAUGACCUGGACAGACAAGGCUGAGCACCAGGCCGCGGCAGCCCACCCAGAGCAGGGCGGGGUCAAAGACAUCUUCAACAUGAAGCCGGAGUGGGAGAGCCUAAACCAGUCCAACGUGAGGCGCAUGCACACAGCUCUGAGGCUCAACGAGGUCAUCAUGAAGAAGUCCAAGGAUGCCAAACUGGUUCUGCUGAACAUGCCCGGACCACCCAAGAACCGCAUGGGAGAGGAAAACUAUAUGGAGUUCCUCGAGGUCCUCACCGAGGGUCUCAACCGGGUCCUCCUAGUACGUGGUGGUGGACGCGAGGUCAUCACCAUCUACUCUCUGAGAAAACAACCUCAAAUCAAAACAUCAACCCCCACCACCCACUCACCUAGCAUCUAAUGGUUUAUGGCCCCUGCUUCUUUCCCUCUACACUUUUGCUCCCGUCACAUCCCUCACAUCCCACUAACACCCU